UCCGUAGAGCAGCAACCAAUGGCGUCAGGCCUGCGAAUGAGCCGCAGCUGCCGCCUUGCUUUGUUGUAUUGACGCGUUAACGUUUUCAUUGAGCGUAGAACUUUGUAAAAUAACUUUAGUGCCUUUAUGGUGUCAAAUUUCCUCCGCGACGUGUUUUGUCUUAGAAAUAGUACAAGCUCCUCGAUGGAAACUCGGUAAAUGCUUGCUAGCUCAAGGCAACCAAGCUCACCUCGGCUAGCAGCUAGCUCGCUGUGCUAGUUCAUGUUAUUUCUGGACCGACGAACCAAGUUUACCAACCUUUUCUUGACAUGACGUCAGCCUCUGCUAAGGUUGGUGAGAUUUUCUCUGCGGCCGGAGCAGCUUUCAGCAAACUGGGGGAGCUGACCAUGCAGCUGCACCCGGUGUCCGACAGCAGCCCCGCAGGGGCCAAGUGGACAGAGACGGAGAUCGAGAUGCUGCGCCUGGCCGUGCGGCGAUUUGGAGACGACCUCAACAGCAUCAGCGGCGUGAUCAAGGAGCGCACCGUCGCUCAGAUCAAGAGCACGGUGAAGAGGAAGCUGUACGAGGACAGCCGAGUGCCCAUUUCCUCCGAGUCGCCCAAAAAGACGCCCAAGAAGGCUGCGCUCGCCCCGACGCCCACCCCUGCCUCGGCAGCGCCCACCAUGAACCCGGUGUCCGCCUCGCAGGUCGUCGUGGCGACAGGAAUGCAAAGCGGCGCCCCGCCCAUAAAGAAGCAAAAGACGGCAGACGUGACGCUGAGCGCGCUCAAUGACUCGGAUGUGAACAGCGACUUGGUGGACAUCGAAGGACUCGGCGACGGCGCUUCCAGCAAGAAGCUCAACUUUGACCAAGAGAGCCUCAGCCUGGACUCCAGCCUCAUCAUGAACUCCAGUGACCUUCCGCUGCUGUCCCGCUGACCUUCCACGCCAGUCAGACCCCGGGCUGGUGACCUUUGACCCCCACGCAACCAACCAGGCACGGUGGCGUAUUUAAUUGUUCUUUUUUCCCCAAAAUGCCAUGGCGUACAUUUAGGAAGUACACCUCAAAAUGGCACAACUGGACAAUGCUGAUAUCUACAUUUUAGCUCCCGUUAGCUUUUCAAAACAAAAGCCUGUGAGAUUGUGGCUGAUUUGUGAUGAAAGUGCGACUGUUUUGACACGUUUAUUAAUCCUGUAUCGACAUUGCAUAAAAAUACAUUUUGUUCUUUUUCCUUCC